ACCUCAUCAGCCUCAGCUAUGGCUGAAUGGACAACACUUCUUGCCAACCAUCCCAUUUUUCGUCCCCCACCAAACUUUCCCUCCAAUGAGCUCUCAGCUUCCACAAGCGCGAAUCCCACUGGGCAACGGCAACUCAUGGUCCUCAAAGACGCCGACCUCGUCGUUGCAGUUGGCGAAGAACUUCGUAUUGCUUCUCUCGGCGCAUCUGGCUCCAAAGGGUACAAGACUCUCCACACACCAAACCUGCAAUUCGAGAUUCGCCAACUCGCGCUCAAUCCCAGCGGGAAGCUUCUGGCGGUAGCAGGGGAAUGCCAAAUAGGUGUUGUGGUGCUCCCGCGAUCCGGCUACGCGCGUUUAGUCCCAGAAACCAUCGACUGCAAAUCACUGCAAAUAGGUCAAUUCUAUCAUGCAGCCAAGGGCUCUCCCCCGAUAGCCAAAAUCCAGUGGCAUCCAUGGGGCGAAGCUGGGUCUACUCUGAUGGUGAUGACUGAGGAUGGAAAACUGAGGGAAUACGAUAUCUCAACAGACGCCGACGAGCCACAACAGGUCCUCUCAUUCGUCCCAGAACGGAAAGGAAAGGCCUUUGUGGCAGAGGACGCGUCUGAACGUGAAGUCGCGUCUUUUUCCUUGGGCCAGGGGCAAGCAGACUGGGGUCCUCUCACCGUAUAUGCGGUCAUGAAAUCAGGGGACAUAUACGCUAUGUGCCCUUAUAUGCCUAAAAACGCCGCAAUUCCAUCGUCCUACGUCCACUCUUUGGAGUGCUUCAUAUCUGCAAAGCAGGAAUUCCUCGCUCAAUCAGAGGAACAUGGGUCAACUUCUUCACGAAAUCUCUCUGUCUUAUACGACUACCAACGGAAAUAUAUCUCCGCCCUCAUCAAGCAACUACCCCCUGGAACGGUUUUCCCCGCCACAUCUCGUUCCGUCUCAAUGCACCCACCGACCACAUUGAAAGCGAAAGUUGCACGACAGGGCCCUUUCCUCCUCCAGCCUGCUCCUCGAAGCAUAGCCGGCAGCGAAGGUGGCGAUGCAACAGACAUGAUAUAUCUUGCCUUCGGAUCGAACGAGCAACCUGAAGCAGACAGCGAAGGUGGUGAAACUGGGCAUCUUGGUGUCGUUCUUGUUGCCUACCAGGACGGCAAGGUCGACUUGUGCCUCGAUGUAGAGAAGGUUGAAGCCCGUUGGGACACCGGCAGCGCGAAACGUGACGCGGGACUCCCAAUGCUUGCUGUUUAUGAAACCAUAGACCUCGACCUGGUGACUAUGCUUGCCGGGAAAUUAAACCUCCUACAAGGCAAUCGAGCAGUAUUUCUGGCAGACCCUCUCCACGACGACACAAUAUACGUUUAUCAUGCAUUUGGGGUGCAUUCGCUUCAUCUGGAUCAGCUAUUGCAGACCUUGAGGCUCGCUCUCAAAGCCGACGACGAAGCUCAAUCGUUGACAUCCGCAUUACAAGAAGCUGUAGGAUCGUCGGUGACGCCCAUCGUGUCGACGUUUUCUGUUGAGCGAAGUUGUUCCAAUCCGGUGGUUGCCGUUCUGGUGCCAAACGACAUCUUUGUCACCUACAGCAUUCUCGUCCUCACAUCUGCAAUGCGCAUUGUAUCAAUACCUCUCGACCUUCGAUCUGCGCCGCCCGCCCCCAAAGCGCCGGUGAUGCAGACCCCAGCAUCACCCAGUCCGCAAAAACCGACGAGCAAAUGGUUAAUACCACGCGAUGGGCCUCCCUCUUAUAUUUCGCUCUUGGGGAAUACGCCGUAUACUCCGCCAGAAUGCUUAACACGAACCAAUUCGGGGCUCCCCCUUAGCCCGCGACUGUCCUUGCCGCCUUCGCCCACCAAGGGAGCGAAAGAUUUCAUGUUGACCCCCGAAGUCCUUCGCUACCUGGGAAAAACGGUUGCGGACCUCACCGGCCAGAUGCAGGAAGUCCAGCUCGCAUUCCGCGCGGCAGACUCCCGUGUGUUGCUUCAACAAAAUGAGCAAACGCGGCUGGCGCAAAAGUGCGAAGAGCUGAGCUCGAUCAUAGCUAGGUUGAAAGGCCCACAGCGUCAGAGAACGGAGGAGCGGCUUGCGCGGGUGCAAGAAGAGCAAAAGUCGCUGCAUAGUCGUUUGGAGCGCUUAUUGCGAGGUCUGAUGGACCGGGCAUCUCCAGAAUUGAGCGAAUAUGAGACCAAGUGGUUCGCGGAACUCAAGAGGUUACAAGGGGAAGUGGUGGGAGCGAGCAAAUAUGACGAGACUUCAUUGCUAUCGAGGAUGCAGGUGCUGGAGCGCGAGUACGAACGGUUGAUGCCUGGCCUCAAAGCGCUGGUGGAGAAGGAAAGAAUACGAAAAACACCACCACCGGCUUUAGGCGUCUCCCAAGCCUUCGAAUUCGGCGCGCGUUCAAAUAUCGAGCACGCAAGAAUAUCGAAAAUGGAGGACGAGUUAGUUCGGUUGGCAGGACAACUGAAUCUGUCCUUGUCUCAUCCACCGGAACGGGAAUCAUAG